AUGGCGCAUCGUCUCCCCUUCCCGCCAACCCAGACCAGCGGCCCGUCCACUUUCCUCAACUUGUACAACUUUUGUCUCGUCAAAGACAACCGCACCCCGGCUAGCCUCGCGCGAGAGACCGAAGCCAUCGAGCGCGCCGGUGGCCAAGUCUCGUUUGAUCUGGCCAAGGUCACCCACAUUGUUGUCAAGCUGCCGCCGGGUGCCGGCAACGUCUGGCACUGCAACGACGUGGACCGCACGCCAGCCGGUUCCAAGACCGAGGAGAUGACGCUCGGCCAACUCCUACUCUCUGCGCACGAGUCCUGCCACGUCAUGCCAGACAUUGUCACCCAUGAGUUUCUGGACAUGUGGCUCCUUACCGGUCGCCAGCCGAAGGGAAACAUCUCAGCCGCCUGGACUGUGACGCUGCUCCCUCCACACUAUUUCGCAUCAAUGCUCAACUCCGUGGCCGGGGGCAUGCCGAACGGCGCGCCGUCCGUCGACGCCGAGCCGAGGGUCGGGGGCUCGCUCCGCAUGUCUCAGUCCUCACUGCCUCGACCCGCGCUGCCGCUCAACGUGGGCACCGAGGCGAGCAGUUGGGCGCGUCCCAUCAUCCCCCCAGUGCAAGUGUUCAGGGAUGUUGGGAGCUGCACGUUCUACGUCGCGCCGGGGUGCGCCGCCGCCGUCCCGUGGUUGAUCAAGUGUAUGGGCGGCCAGCAAGACACCGCUCGCCGCGCUCUGUACGUCAUCGUCCCCGACAUUAACGGCGAUGCCGCUCUCUACCUCGGCCCGCUCCACCCUUCUGGUUCGGUCCUAGACGAAAUGUUCGUGUUCGACUGCCUCAGGUACGGCUCGUUCCAGAGCCUCGACAAGUACAGGGCCAAUCUCGGACCGCCCUCGCCACAGUUCGGCGCUGUUACUCAGGCUCCGACCAACGUGUUCCCUACAGUUCCCCGCCCACCUAGCGGUUUCAAGUUCAUCUCACGCACCAACCGCCCGGCGGUGCCCGAGUUCUCUCCGCUUCUCAAUGCUGUGGGCGGCUGCCCGCACGUGAUCCACGCCGAAUGGUUCACUGAGACUGUGAGCGGCACCGGCACCGCCAGUGACAACGGCCGCCCCAUUGUAGUCCCCUACCCCGUCACCAGCCUGCCCCGCCCAGCCUUCAUCCCCGGACCCAGCAACUACCAAGAGCACGGCACCUCCAACCAGCUACCCCGCUCAUCCCACUGGGGCUCCUCGACACUCGGGACUGACCGCCACGAGCCCGUCCCCGCCGAGCACGCCAAGCGUAGUCGUGAGGAUGAGGAUGAGGAGGACGGCGAGAACUAUGAGACUCGUCGCCGCGUGCAUGACAUCAUGGACGAGCGCUGGAAGGACGACUUCCCUCUCGAUAUCAAGAAGGAGGAGCGCCACUAG